AUGCCUGGCCUUCCAACCAGUAUCGACCUUGAUGAGUGCAUUGAGCGCCUCUAUCGAAAAGAACUCCUCGCCGAACCGGUAAUAGAAGCUGUAUGCGCCAAGACGAAAGAGCUGUUGAUGAAGGAGAGCAAUGUUGUUCACAUCAAGGCACCUGUUACGGUUGUGGGAGAUAUCCAUGGACAAUUCUUCGAUUUGCUAGAGAUCUUCCGCAUUGGUGGAUUCUGCCCAGACACAAACUAUCUUUUCCUCGGCGACUAUGUUGAUCGUGGUCUAUUCAGCGUGGAAACGAUUUCCCUACUCGUCUGCCUCAAGUUACGAUACCCUCACCGAGUCCAUCUGAUCCGCGGUAACCACGAAUCUCGCGGCGUCACCCAGUCCUAUGGCUUCUACACCGAAUGUGCCCGCAAGUAUGGAAACGCCAAUGUAUGGCACUACUUUACCGACAUGUUCGACUACCUCACACUAAGCGUGGUAAUAAACGACGAGAUCUUCUGUGUACAUGGUGGUCUUUCUCCGUCGAUCCACUCCUUGGACCAGAUCAAGAUUAUUGACCGGUUCCGUGAGAUCCCCCACGAAGGGCCUAUGGCUGAUUUGGUCUGGUCUGACCCUGAUCCGGAACGGGAUGAAUUCUCCUUAUCUCCACGUGGAGCGGGGUAUACUUUUGGAGCGCAGGUUGUCAGAAAGUUUCUCGAGGUCAAUAGCAUGUCCCACAUUCUACGGGCUCAUCAGCUAUGCAACGAGGGAUACCAGAUCUUAUUCGAUGAUCGUCUCAGUACAGUUUGGAGUGCUCCGAAUUACUGUUAUCGCUGUGGAAACUUGGCCAGUGUGCUGGAGGUCAGCGAUAACAUGGAGCGCUUCUUUAAUAUUUUCGACGCAGCACCUGAGAACGAUGUGCACAGGAGUGAGCAGCAAGCUCAACAGAACAGGGACUCCCAGCCAGUGAUCGAUUAUUUUUUGUGA